AUGUAAUUAUAAGGGAUUGUCUGCCUUAAAACAGUUAACACGAGCAAAAGCCUAAAGUCUUCCAAAACCCUAAUUCGCUCUCCCUGAGACAGAUUCUUGGUCCUGUAACUGUUCCCGGGCUGAGCUGAAAAAGCUCUUGCAUUUUAAGUAUUUAUAUGCUUAAACAUAAAACCCUAAUUUCAGACCCAAUAAACCCUAGCCUCAUAUCAUUCAAGCCUCGCCAAGUAUUACUUGCAAACCAAAACAUGAAGCACGUCAUUGACAAGCCCUCCGCCCCAGCUUUAAAAUCGGAACAGAAGGCUCUCCUCCUUCGCUCCGUAGCUGGCUACUUGAACUCCAAUGGCUUCUCCAAAACUCUUAAGAAGCUUUUAUCUGAAGCACAAAUACAGAAAGAUGAUUUCAUUGGUUGCACUUUGGAUUUGGAGGACAUGUGCUACAAGUAUUUGGAGGCAAUUGAUCAUGGAAACACAAAUUUCAGCAGACAGAAUGUACAAGAUUUAUUUAUGAAUGGCAAUUCUAAAGGCAUCAAAGAGGCUAACGUGGUUGUUGGCGUAGGAGUUGGUAAGAAAAAGAAAAAGAGAAGAGAUUGGAAUGGUGAUGGUGAUGGUGAUGGUGAUGCUAUAGUUAUUCAAUCAGAAGAAUCUGGUAAAUUUGCUGAUUAUAAGGAGAUUAAGCAGGUGAUACUGGAUGAUAUGGUCCCCGAAUUGAAUAAAAAAUCUACAGAGAAGAGAAAAAGUAAAAAGAUUUCUGAUGCUAUUGGAGAGGUAGAGCAAGUCAGCAUUGAUUUAUUAAAGAAGUCUACUGAUGAUGGUGUGCGUGACUCAGAGUUGCAUGAGUCUGAAAAGAAACAUAAGGAAAAAAAGAAGAAAAGCAAGUUGGAUUCAAGUGGAACUGAGUCUAAAAAGGAUGAUAAUAAGACAUUUGAAGAAGAUGCAACUGUUAAGGAGAAGAGUAAAAGUUCCAAGAAAAGAAAAAGAUUGGAUGGUGAAGAAAACAAUACUCAGCCUAUUUACGAAAAAGAAGUUGAAGAAUCCAAACGCAGGAAGACAAAGGGUUCAGAAGAACAGAAAGAAAGCUAUAAAGUUGCGGAGGUGAAAGCAUCUUUGGGAACUAAUGAAGAUGCUAGUAAACAAAGUAAAGACCACCUUGGUCAAGUGAAUGCAAAUCUUGAGAAAGAAUAUAAAUCUUCCCUGCAUAAAUCCGUUAAGGAAGUGAAUGGUUCAGCAGAGCCAAGGACAGUUGUUCAAGCAUUUCAGAGAGUAAAAGUUGAUGAGGUGGACUUUACUGAUGAGAGGCUUAAAGAUAAUUCAUACUGGGCAAAGGAUGGUGCAGAUAGUGGCUAUGGUGCUAAAGCACAAGAAGUGCUAGGCCAAGUUAGAGGAAGGGAUUUUCGACAUGAAAAGACUAAGAAGAAGCGAGGGAGCUAUAGAGGAGGGCAGAUUGAUCUCCAAUCACACUCCAUUAAGUUCAGUUAUUCUGAAGAAGAUUGAUGAGGAACAUUUCUGUGGGGCCAAUUCUGCUUUUUGGUCGUCUUCAUUGUUAUGGAGCAUGCAUACAUGGACUGUCAUUUGCCUAGAU